AGGUUCUCAAGCUAUUUGAUAUGGCUCUACGUUCGUUCUUUCUGCUUGUGGGCUUGCUGCUUUUCUGGGCUGGUGUAGCUCAGGAGGCUGCUGCGCUCUCCAACGACGGCGCGGUUUUGCUCGAGAUCAAGAAGUCGUUCAGUAAUGCCGGCAAUGCUCUUUACGAUUGGGAUGGUUCCGCUGAUCACGAUCCUUGCUUUUGGAGGGGAGUUACAUGUGACAACGUGACACUUUCCGUUACUGGGCUGAAUCUCACCCAGUUGAGCCUUUCCGGAGUGAUAUCUCCAUCGGUAGGAAAGUUGAAAAGUCUUCAGUAUCUGGAUUUGCGAGAGAACAGCAUUGGUGGUCAGGUUCCUGAUGAAAUAGGCGACUGUGCUGUUCUAAAAUACAUAGAUUUAUCCUUCAAUGCAUUGGUCGGAGAUAUCCCCUUUUCAGUAUCGCAGCUCAAACAGCUUGAAACUCUGAUUCUCAAGAGCAAUCAGCUCACGGGACCCAUUCCAUCGACCCUCUCUCAGCUGCCGAAUCUGAAGACGCUGGAUCUUGCUCAAAAUCAGCUCACUGGAGAGAUACCCACGCUCUUGUAUUGGAGCGAGGUGUUACAGUACCUGGGGCUCAGAGACAAUUCUCUCAGCGGAACGCUGUCUUCUGAUAUGUGCCGUUUGACCGGGCUUUGGUACUUUGAUGUGCGCAGCAACAAUAUCUCUGGGAUUAUUCCUGAUAACAUAGGCAAUUGCACAAGUUUUGAAAUCUUAGAUCUAGCAUAUAAUCGCCUGAAUGGAGAAAUACCAUACAACAUUGGCUUUUUGCAAGUGGCCACCCUAUCACUUCAAGGCAACCAGUUUUCAGGAAAAAUACCUGAAGUGAUUGGGCUUAUGCAGGCCCUUGCGGUAUUGGAUUUGAGCGAUAAUCGUCUAGUUGGUGACAUACCCCCUCUUUUGGGAAAUUUGACGUAUACGGGUAAAUUGUAUUUGCACGGUAACUUACUUACCGGAACUAUUCCUCCCGAGCUUGGUAACAUGACGAAGUUAAGCUACUUGCAACUCAAUGAUAAUCAACUGACUGGAGAAAUUCCAUCUGAGCUUGGAUCUUUAAGCGAGCUAUUUGAGUUGAACCUGGCUAACAAUCAGCUGUAUGGGCGUAUUCCUGAAAACAUAAGCUCUUGCAAUGCUCUGAACUAUCUCAAUGUGCACGGAAACCGACUAAAUGGGAGCAUUCCACCGCAACUGAAGAAGCUUGAUAGCCUGACCUAUCUGAAUUUAUCGUCAAAUCUCUUCAGCGGCAGUAUUCCUGACGACUUUGGUCACAUAGUAAAUCUGGAUACUUUGGACGUGUCUGAUAACUAUAUCAGUGGAUCCAUUCCAAGCUCUGUUGGUGACCUAGAACAUCUAUUGACAUUGAUUUUGCGCAAUAACGAUAUUUCAGGAAAGAUCCCAUCGGAGUUUGGAAAUUUACGGAGUAUUGACUUGCUGGAUCUUUCGCAAAAUAAGCUUUUAGGGAACAUACCCCCAGAGUUAGGCCAGUUACAGACAUUAAAUACUCUGUUUCUGCAACACAACAAGUUAUCAGGUGCUAUUCCAGUUCAACUUACGAAUUGUUUUAGUCUCAACAUCCUGAAUGUUUCGUAUAACAACCUCUCUGGAGAGGUACCGUCGGGCACAAUAUUUUCAAAAUUCACGCCCGACAGUUACAUUGGUAACUCACAACUAUGCGGAACUUCGACUAAAACUGUCUGCGGUUAUCGCUCCAAGCAGUCUAAUACUAUUGGAGCAACGGCAAUCAUGGGUAUAGCAAUAGCUGCAAUCUGUUUGGUUCUUCUACUGGUUUUCUUGGGCAUAAGAUUGAAUCAUUCUAAACCGUUCGCCAAGGGUUCAAGCAAAACUGGCCAAGGUCCGCCCAACCUUGUUGUUCUUCACAUGGACAUGGCGUGCCACAGCUACGAUGAUGUUAUGAGGAUCACAGACAAUCUUAACGAACGCUUCAUAAUUGGCCGCGGAGCUUCUAGUACUGUCUACAAAUGCUCGCUCAAGAAUGGGAAGACAGUUGCCAUCAAGAAGCUGUACAACCACUUCCCUCAAAACAUUCACGAGUUUGAAACGGAGCUGGAAACUCUGGGCCAUAUCAAGCACCGGAACCUUGUUGGCUUACACGGAUACUCGUUGUCACCGGCAGGCAACCUUUUGUUUUACGACUAUUUGGAAAACGGAAGUUUGUGGGACGUCUUGCACGGACCAGUGAGAAAAGUAAAGCUGGACUGGGAUACACGUCUUAAAAUUGCUCUGGGAGCCGCCCAGGGGCUGGCAUAUCUUCACCACGAUUGCAGUCCGCGGAUCAUUCACCGGGACGUCAAGUCCUCAAACAUCUUGCUGGACGAGAACUUCGACGCGCACAUAUCAGACUUUGGAAUCGCCAAGAGCAUAUGUCCGACGAAGACGCACACAUCGACUUUUGUCCUGGGAACCAUAGGGUAUAUCGACCCCGAGUACGCGCGCACGUCGAGGCUAAACGAGAAGUCGGACGUGUAUAGCUAUGGCAUCGUCCUCCUGGAGCUCAUCACCGGAUUAAAAGCCGUGGACGACGAAAGGAACUUGCAUCAAUGGGUAUUGAGUCACGUAAACAACAACACCGUCAUGGAAGUGAUCGACGCCGAGAUCAAAGACACUUGCCAAGACAUUGGCACCGUCCAAAAGAUGAUCCGGCUGGCUCUACUCUGCGCUCAAAAGCAAGCGGCCCAGCGACCGGCAAUGCACGACGUCGCAAACGUUCUCUUCUCGCUCUCGCCAGUGCCGGCACUCUCCAAGAAAUCGGUCUCGUCGAAUCCAAACCAGCGGCGCUACAUCGACGACUAUGCCGAGAGCAAGCACGCGGACAAUCUCUCGGCCAGCAGCACGAACUCCGGUGGCCAUCUCUUCAUGAAAUUCGGUGAAGUUAUCUCCCAAGAUUGAGGAAGAACACCACCACUCUCGGGGAGGAAGCGCGUAUAUAUAAUUGAUUCGCUGUGUAGCAGUUUUGUUGCUAUAGGGAGUUUUUUAACAAAGACAAGAACUUGUAAGUACAAA